AUGAGGCCUCAGACAGAGAGUGGGCGUCCACUGAGUGGUGUCGUUCGACCCACCACUCAGGCUACUCAAGGGGGAAGCAUCGAGAAGGCUUUGAGGACAGCUCGCACAGCCCAGACAGCAAGACCGGUGUCGGCUGCAUCUGGAAGGCACGUCCGGCUGGUGACCGCCUCCAUGGUCUCUGAACCCGAUGGGCCUUUCAUUAAUAUUGCUCGGAUCAACAUGGACAACUAUGCCAAGAAGCCAGCUCUUGCCAGGCAUCUCUUUGAGUACAUAUUCCACGAAGCCAGCGAUGUAAAGCGGGCCUUGGAAUUGGCCUCAGCAGCAACACAAGUGGCAAGUUUCUCAGACUGGUGGUGGAAGUUCCAAUUAGGAAGAUGCUAUGAACGCCUUGGUCUCAUCCGGGAUGCUGAGCAGCAAUUCAGGAGUUCCAUCAAAACUAGCCCCAUGAUUCGUGAGCCUUUCUUUUCUGCUGAUUCUCUAGCUUCCCUUGUUGCUUCCAUUUUUUUUCUCUCCUAUCACAACCUAGAUCUUUUUUUCAUUCAGAUUGAUCUGUGGACAUACUUGCACCUGGGACGACUGUAUGUCCGUUUGGAUCAGCCUCUCGUGGCUAUUGAUGUGCAUGAACAAGGCUUGAAAACAUUUCCUGGGGAAGUGAAACUCAUGCUCGCCAUUGCAAGAGUAGGACAUAAUGGGAGAAGGAAUGACCAACAUAUUAGGACAUACUUGCACCUGGGACGAGUGUAUGUCCGUUUGGAUCAGCCUCUCGUGGCUAUUGAUGUGUAUGAACAAGGCUUGAAAACAUUUCCUGGGGAAGUGAAACUCAUGCUCGCCAUUGCAAGGAUCCAUGAAGCUCUGGGUCAGCAGGUGAAUGCAGUGAAAAUGUAUAGAAGUGUUGUGGCAUCUGAUGCAAUGAACAUUGAAGCUAUAGCAUGCAUUGGGCUUAAUCACUUUUACAGUGAUCAACCUGAGCUUGCUCUCCGAUUCUACAGGUAUCCAUCCCUUCCUUGCUUGACAAAUUUCUGCAAAAAUCAAAGGCCUGCAAAUGGUGUAUUUUUUUCUCAUGCAUUCUCCUUCAGACGUCUCCUUCAGAUGGGGCUGCAUAGCCCUGAAGUGUUUGCCAACAUCGGCCUGUGCUGCUUUUAUGCCCAACAGUAUGAUUUGACAUUGAGUUGUUUUGAGAGAGCACUGGGUCUUGCUGAGGAUCCCACCAUUGCAGCUGACAUCUGGUACAAUUUGGGUCACAUUGGAAUUGGCCUGGGUGACUCGGGACUGGCACACCAGUGCUUCUGCUUGGCUUUGGCUCACAAUGCAGGUCAUGGGGAGGCUUGCAACAACCUUGGAAUUCUGGAGCUACGAAAAGGAAAUGAAGAGACUGCAAAAGCCUUCUUCCAGACUGCUGCCACCAUCUCUUCUCACCUUUUUGAACCAUUCUAUAAUUUUGCGAGCUUGGCCGAGAAGGUACUCGGGCUU